CUACAUCAAAAUGAAAUUCACUAUUGUUGUCCUUGCCUGCCUUUUUGCCGUUGCCAUCGCCAACGAAGAAGCUGAUAUCAUUAAAGAAUUCAGUGAAGUUAACACCGAAGACUUCAAAUAUGGCUUUGAAUUGACCAACAAAAUCCGUGCCAUCCAAGAAGGUCAUUUGGAGGGUGAAAAAGUUUGGAUUGUCAAGGGUGAAUACGAAUACGUCAGCAAGGAUGGCAAACACGUUAAGGUUACCUACACCGCCGAUGAUUACGGUUAUCAUCCCAAAGUAGAACAAUCUCAAUAA